AUGUCUCGCAAAAACUUGGCUUCGCGGUAUUUGGAGUCCAUUGGUGGCCAGGGCCCAACCAUCGGAUCUCCAUUGACUCCGUCAGCACGUACCAAUGAUCCUGAACUUCCCAGAACACCCACAAGAUCUCGGUUUUCUGCAAAGGAAAACGAGAGUCCCACGCGAGAGGUUGAGGAGUUUGAGAUGUCCAAGCUUUCGCCAAUAAAGCGAUUGAUUCUAGAGAAGGAGAGAGACGUGGUCAAGAACAGAUCUUACGAGAACGUUCCCUCACCCACGAAGACCACAAGGAUGCCCCAAAGUCCGAGCAAAGAUGACCUGGCUACUAUGGGAAAGAUCAACAGUGCAAUGUCGAACUCUCCCUCCUUGAAGAAUCUGAAUAAGCUACGCACUAUCGAGGCAAAGCUCAAGGCUUCCCAGGCAGUCAAUGGAAUGCAAAGAGUCCGGAUCGCUAGUUCGAGCAAUAUGGAUACGGAUAGAAAGACCAUUCAGACAUACGAGUAUCUUUGUCGUAUUGCUGAAGCUAAGACAUGGAUUGAAAGCUGCAUCGAGGAGAAGAUUGAUCUAUCAGAGACAGAAGACUCAAUAGUUGAGUUCCAGGAAUACCUAAGAAAUGGUAUCGUUUUGGCAAAGCUGGCGCAGAAGUUUGUUCCCGGUUUUGUGAAGAACAUUUACUAUGGUAAUGCCACUUCCAACUCGUUCUACGGAGUCAACAGAGGUUUUCAGUUCAAGUACACCGAGAACAUUAACGUCUUCUUCAAAUUUUUGGAGCACGUUUCUGUUCCAGACAUGUUCAGGUUUGAGCUCACUGAUCUCUACGAAAUGAAAAACUUUCCCAAGGUGAUUUUCUGUAUUCAUGCCCUCAGUUACAUGCUUUCGUCACAGGGAAAGGCACCAGAAUUGAGGAGUCUUUCCGGAGAGAUCAACUUCUCCAAGGCCGAAAUCUCAAAAAUUCAGAGCAAGAUCAGAGGGCUGAAAUUGCCAAACUUUGAUAACAUUGACGGUGGAGUUGGAGUUGACGAUGCUGGUCUAGGGAAAAUCAGCGAGAUAGACACUUUUGACAAAAGUUUGGCCAAGACGCCCUCGGUUUCCAAGUUGGAACCUGCUCCGGCCUCGGUUAGAAAGGUCUCUCUCAGAAAGGUCUCUUUACCCGUUCCUGAAAACCUCUUCAGCGACUCACCAAGCUUGAGUCCCAGCAUCUCUGAGUCUGAACUCAAGAUUGAAGAAAUCCAGAAGAAGUACGCCAAAAUGAUGAACCUUGAGUUUGAUUUUGACAAUACAAAUGCGGGAGAAGAACUGGAGCUGAUGCCAUACGUCCCUGAUUACAGUGCUUCUGAUUACGACAUGGUACAGCUCCAGGCGAUUGCAAGAGGUUCACUGGUGAGAUACAACUUGUUCGUAGACAAGUUUAUGCUCAAGACGUUUACUCCUGGUGUUGUGAAGUUCCAGGCGAUUUCCAGAGGUCUUUUGUUAAGACGGUCAAUUGGUAAAAGCAAUCCAUUGCAGCCUGCUCCGGUUGUAUUUGGUAAAGCAAGGUCUCAAUCCCAUUCGGCUUACGACGCUUUCCAGAGCCAGUUGUCCGAACAUGAAAGCCAAAUCAUUGCUCUACAAUCGCUUAUCCGCGGAGGUUUUUUCAUGAGAGAAAAGAACUACCAAAGGAGAAAGUCUCUGUUGAGAUGUACCAACGAUGCGAUCAAGCUCCAGUCAAGGAUCAGAGGUGUUCUUUUGAGAAAACGCAUCGAUGAGGUUGCCAGCUUGGGAAUAUCGUUACACAACAAAUUAGUGAUCUCGAGACCCAAAAUGAAUGUUCCUGAGGAAUUGGCAUUGGAGGCCGAGGCUGCUCGUGACUCCCUGACUGCCCUUCAAGGAAUCAUAAGAGGUGGAAUUGCAAGGAAUCAACUCAACAACGUUCUGGAUACUCUGUCCUUCAACGAGUCGGCCCUCAACACACUGGCAGCAGUUGCCCGCGGAAAGGCUUUGAGGGAGCAAAUGGCAAAUUCCAAGAGAUCUCUCCAGAAGAACUUGAACUCGGUGAUUUUGAUUCAAUCGGCGGUGCGUGGUGUGUUGAGCAGAUUUUCCAACGAAUUGCUCAUUGACGAUAUCGAGGAGCAUUACGAGGCGUUAAGUGAGCUUCAGGCAAUUGCCAGGAGCAAGAGAUUAAGAAAUCAGCUUAGUUCCAUGAACGAUUACUACUCCAGACCUGAGAAUUUGGCAAAGAUCGUUAAAAUUCAGAGCUGCUUUAGAGCUGCCAAACACACGAAUGCAUACAAAUCGUUGGUAUUUGAGGCCAGUCCACCAUUGCGUGCCAUACGGAACUUUGCCAGCUUAUUGAAUGAGAGAGAUCAGGAUUUUGAGCAGGACAUGUCGAUAAAGAUGUACAAGGAUAAAGCGAGCAAGAAAGCCAAGCAGAUUGAGCUUCUGGAGAGUAAAAUAAGUGCGUUGGAUGUGAAAAUUGGUCUUUUGAACAGAAACAAAAUUACUCUUGACGAACUGGUGAACUACAAGAACAAACACCUUUCAGCAGACGUGGAUACUGCCGAAACUGAGAUUCCAGACACAUUUGCUUCCAGCACCAGCUCAAAGCCCGAAGUCAAAGCCAACCUCAAUAAGAGCGCUAGAGAACUGAGAGAAUGCUAUGAGAAGAUGUUCUACAUUUUGCAAACCCAACCAGCAUAUCUCAGUAGGCUCUUUGCUGCUAUUGAGCAGAAUCCUUCGUAUGUCCUGGAACUACCUGGAAGUGUUGAGGACUACGUCUUGAAAAUCUUUGGCUUCACUCCUGUGAAUGCUGACAUCGAGAGACCAAAGACCAGAGAGGAGUACCUUUAUAUGAAAAUGGUUUUGUACAACAUCAAGUCCUGGAUCAGCGAUGUUGUUGCAACCGACGGCUUCAAGGCUCUGUUCAAGAGCGACAUUUCAGCAAAAAAGCUCCUGGUCAACAGCAUGAUGUGGGAAUCUGUUCUCAACAUGUUCAACAAUCUCACUCAUCAGAGACUGUCAGCAAAAAAGAUAUUUGGGGCUCACAUCACCAAACUGUUGAAGGACGUGGAUUUGAGUUUUGAGUCUACUCCUUUGAACAUCUACAAUAAUCUCAUUGAGAAGGAAGAGGCCCUCACUGGCCAAAGAACUCUCAAGAUGAUCGUGGGUAUUGACAACAAUACUGCCAUUGAAGAUCCUGAAACUAGAGAUCAGUUCGUCAAGAACCUGACAAACUUGAAGGAGACAGCCAACGAUUUUAUCUUGAUUAUCGAAUAUGUGAUUGCUGCUUUGCCGACCUACAUCCGCACUUUGUGCAAAGAGCUGUACGAAUUUCUCAAGCUGAAAUACCCUGGUGAAUCUGAAAGGUAUUACCUCUCUUUUGUUGGAAGAGUCUUCAUGAAGAACUACUUUCUGCCAAUAUUGCUGAGACCCGAAAACUACGGAAUCCGCUUGAAGCAACCAGGUUCUAGCGAGAGACAAACCUUAGCCAUGAGGCAGAACCUGAUCGAACUUUCGAGAGUACUCUACCAAUUGGUGUCUAUGAAAGCAUUUGGAGCGCAGAAUGUCUACUUACAGCCAUUAAACGAGUUCAUUGAUCUGUCUGUUGAGCUUGUUCGUCGCAUGCUGCGCAAGUUGAUUAAUGUGGAAGACAUGGAGACAACAUACAAUAUCUCCAGUAUUUACAGUGAUUUUGCCAACGAAGACCACCCAGAGCUCGUUCUCAGUUACCAUGAUCUUACCGGAGUGUUUGAACUGGUCAACCUUGAGAUUAAUGAUCUGGUUCCGGAAAGAGAGGAUUUGUUGAGAGAUCUCGCUCAGGAUAUCAUGGUGUUGCGUAGUGCUCCAGGCUAUUCGUUUUCUGAUCCUGUGAUCUUAAAACUGAUCCCGGUGGCUGCUACCGAGGACCCAGAGGAAAUAUAUGCCAAGUCGUUGCUGCUUCAAGUGAAGACCUGUCUCAUCUAUAUCAUCCAGGUGCAAUCUGGCACAGACCUGUUGGACCUGUUGAUCAAAGAGAUCCAGCGCCCUGAUGAAGUUGCAUAUAAAGCUCUUAUCAGCAAGCAAGGCUCUAAGUCCACUUCUGUUGAAGAUACUGACGGUAACAUAGUGAAUUUGAAAUUCUUGUCGUUCCGUGAAUUGAAGAAGAUUACAAUGGAGAAGGUUCUGGAGCUAGAGGAAAUGGGCAAGAUCAGCAGAUCGAACUGUUUCCAAGAUUUACUUGAUGACAUAUCUCGAGACAUCAAGAGGAAACACGAACAGAGGGCAGACAGACAGAAGGAGCUUAAGGAUGUGACAACCACUUUCAUGAGGCUGAAGCAAAGAGAAGACAGAUUGUCAAAGCUGCUCAACUCGUACAUGGCCGACAUCGAUCAAGGGAUGCUCAGAUUGCAGACUCAUCCACGCAAAAAGAACUUUUUGAGGCAGCUGUUCUCGAGGCAAUACUACCACUAUCGCGAGCUCAAGAAGAGAAAGGGAAGUGUCCCUAGAUACGGAUCUUACAGAUACUCUGCCAAGUAUCUGUUUGAGAAUGGAGUUUUACUGGAAGCCAAUGGCAUGUCUGCUGCUGCCAUCCAAGCCUCCCAAACGCUAUCUGGUACUAUCACCAGGGUAUUCUUCAUGUUUUCCUGCGACCAACCAGGUGUUUUCACAAUCGAUGUAGCCGCUGAAAUGGACAUUGUUGGUCUGGAGAAGCUUACUCUGGACGAACUCUUGAAUUACCAGUACGAGGGUAAAACUAGAAUUGAGCUGUACGGAGGAAAGACAAUCUUCGAUACGAACGCCCUUGCUGCUCUCAUCUUCAGGAAGUUUUACGAAGUUAAAUAG